UGCGUUUUGGUUGACGAGUACAAUGGCGUCGCUCCUCACCGAAGCGCUGCAGCACGUCGAGAUGCGCACGGACGUCAUCACGGGUCUCAGCAACGAGCUCGUGCAGAUGGACGUGAAGCUCCAGGAUGCCCACUUCAAGGCCAAGCAGGACCCAGAGCUGGGCGAGGCCGUCCUCCAGCUCUACGUGGCGUUCCUCGCCAAGCGCGAUGAGCUUAUCGAGGUGCUGCAGGCCGAAAAGAUCUCGGUGCCCUGGCAGCUGCGCAUGAAGAUCGACGAGUUUGAGCAGUCGCUCAAGGAGCGCAAGGUCAAGCCGUACGCCAAGGCAGCCUCCCCCGUAGCUACGACAGAGGCUGCACCAACAACGGCCGUGGCCCCCGAGUGGGAACGCAAGGAUACGCUGGGCGUUGUCCUGCCCGUUGUCGUCGUGCUGGUGGCGCUGGCGGUCGCGUAUGUCAUGCGGGCCGAGAUCUUCGCCUUCCACGACAUGUAAACACCACAAUAUUGUCAUGCAAAAUACGUUGUGAAAAAUAUAAAAUAUCCAUGGCUACUCGCAGGAGCUCAAG